AGUGGUGUUUUAGGAAUGGCAGACACAGCGCCGUCCACUGCGCCUAAGGCGAAAGCGCCUAAAACUAAGGCCCCAAAAGAGAAGGCCGCGAAGGCUGCCCCAGCAGCGCCCGCGGAGCCCGCAAAGGUGCCGCGCAAGGUGUCGUCUAAGCCGCGCCACGGACGACUCUACGCCAAGGCUGUCUUCACCGGCUACAAGCGCGGCCUACGCAACCAGCACGAGAACACAGCUCUCCUUAAGAUCGAGGGUGCUCGUCACCGCGAUGACGCUGUUUUCUAUACAGGCAAGCGAUGCGUAUAUGUGUACAGAGCUAAGAAAAGGACACCUAUCGCUGGUGGCCCGCGCGGAAAGAAGACGAAGCUGCGUGCCAUCUGGGGCAAAGUGACACGUCCGCAUGGCAACGCCGGCGGAGUGCGUGCUCGCUUCAAGUCCAAUCUGCCUGCGCAGGCCAUGGGACACAGGAUACGAGUGAUGCUGUAUCCAUCCAGGAUCUAAGACCUGUUAUUUAGUAAGCUUACAA